AUGUUGUGUUCUAUUCUCCCCUGGGGAACUCAACCACGCUGUCCCCUACGCUCCCUGGGGAACUCAACCACGCUGUCCCUACGCUCCCUGGGAACUCAACCACGCUGUCCCCCUCGCUCCCCUGGGAACCCCAACCGCUGUCCCCCUACGCCCCCUGGGGAACUCAACCGCGCUGUCCCCCUCUACGGCUCCCUGGGGGAACUCAGCAGCUGUCCCCUACCGCUCCCCGGGGAACUCAGACCACGCUGUCCCCCUCCGCUCCCUGGGGAACUCAGACCACGCUGUCCCCCUACGGCUCCCUGGGGAACUCCUGGCCACGCUGUCCCCCUACGCUCCCCUGGGAACCCAGACCACGCUGUCCCCUACGCUCCCUGGGGAACUCGGUCCAUGCUGUCCCCCUACGCUCCCCUGGGGAACUCGGUCCACGCUGUCCCCCUACGCUCCCUGGGGAACUCAACCACGCUGUCCCCCUACGCUCCCACGCUGGGGGAACUCGGUCCACGCUGUCCCCCUACGCUCCCCUGGGGGAACUCCAGACCACGCUGUCCCCCUACGCUCCCUGGGAACCUGGUCCAUGCUGUCCCCUACGCCCCCCUGGGGAACCUCGGUCCACGCCUGUCCCCCUACGCUCCCCUGGGGAACUGGACCACGCUGUCCCCCUACGCUCCCAGGGGAGCUCAACCACGCUGUCCCCCUCGCUCCCUGGGGAACUCGGUCCACGCGUCCCCCCCUCGCCCCCUGGGGGAACUCGGUCCACGCUGUCCCCCUACGCUCCCCUGGGAACUCCAGACCAUGCUGUCCCCUACGCUCCCCUGGGGAACUCAGACCACGCUGUCCCCCUACGCUCCCUGGGGAACUCAGACCACGCCUUCGUGUUGUGGUCGUGUAGACGUGUUGGUGUCGUGGUUGUGUAGACGUGUCGGUGGUUGUGUAGACUCCCUAGGAUCGGUCCACGCUGUCCCCUACUGGCUCCCUGGGGAACUCGGUCCACGCUGUCCCCCUACGCUCCCCUGGGGAACUCGGUCCACGCUGUCCCCCUACGCUCCCCUGGGGAACUCCGGUCCACGCUGUCCCCUACGCUCCCCUGGGAACUCGGUCCACGCUGUCCCCCUACGCUCCCCUGGGGAACUCGGGUCCACGCUGUCCCCUACUCCCCUGGGGAAACCUGGUCCACGCUGUCCCCCUCGCUCCCCUGGGAACUCGGUCCACGCUGUCCCCCUACACUCUCCCUGGGGAACUCAGACCACGCUGUCCCCCUACGCUCCCCUGGGGAACUCAGACCACGCUGUCCCCCUACGCCCCCUGGGAACCCCACGCUGUCCCCCUACACUCCCUGGGGAACUCAGACCACGCUGUCCCCCUCGCUCCCCUGGGGAACUCAAGAGAGAUUCCCAUUCUUAA